GCGGUCAGUCUUAUUGGCCACCUUAAGUGAACAACUCGGACUUAGUCUCUGCGGCGGCCGGCCCGCGGGCAGUUUUGAUAUCUAAGACUGUACAUUACAACAGCGUGAAAUCCCAUGCGCAGUGACAAUAACGAAAUCUUGUUGGCAGGGGGGGGGGGGGGGGGGGGAGUUGGCACGACAGCGCUGCCCACUUCACGAUUUGUUGGGUGGAGUGUUGUGGGGGUAGUCUGUCGGGUGGUCCUACCCGCCGGAUGUCACGGUGAAGAACGUUCGUCGGUCGGUCGGUGGGUCGGUCAAAAGGCCUACACACCUCCAAUUUGUCGGUCGGUCUGUUGGUGAAAACGCCUAAUACGCGUAAUUUUUCGGUCGGUCGGUUGGUGCGUUUGUUGAGCCCGUAAGGCAGUGCUGCAAGCCGCCAGAUGGCGGAAAAGCACAGGUGCUGCUGUUGGACUGGGGCGUGUUGUACCUACUGCAGUGCGUCGCUGCACUUUGCUUCCUGUUGCCGAGUGUGGGUGCGGGGCGGCGCGAUGCUGGACGCGGAGCUGUACGCGGCGCACUGCGCGCCACAGAGGCUGGCGGCCCUGGAGGCGGUGGACGCCGUCUGGCCGCUGCUGCGUUGGCCGCAGGCGGAGGCAGUCCUGAGGGCGGGUCCGCUCCGCCGCAGGCUCACCGUUCUCGACCUGGGCUGCGGCCCGGGAGACACCACUGCCUGGGUGCUGGCGCCGCGCCUGCCGGAGCGCGUGCUGCUGGUGGGGGCGGACGCGCACCCGGGCUUCGUGCAGCACGCCCGCCUCCGCAACUCCCGCGCCGGCGUUUGCUACGAGCUGUUCGACGUCGACAGCUUCGAGGUGGAGCUGAGCCUGCUCUGGCGGUGCGCGCCCUUCGGCAUCGUCUUCUCCUUCCUGCUGCUGCACCGCGUCUGCAACAUCAGGCGUUCCCUUCAAAACAUUUACAAGCUAAUGGCGCCCAGCGGAGAUGCUCUGUUCACGCUCAUUGCGCACACUCACCUCUACACGGUUUACUACCAGAUGGCGCAGGAAUCUGUCUGGAAAGACUCCAUGCUGGAUGUGGACGUUUACGUGUCUCCAUUCUAUAAGUCUCAAAACGACUUACAAGAGCUGGUGUCGCUGUUGAACGAAGCGGGUUUCCAGGUCCAGCGGUGUUGGGCGGAUCAAAAAAAGUUUGUGUACAACACGGAGGAGCAGCUCAAAGGGUACUUAAGAGCGGUGAAUCCUUUCGUGCACAGAUUGCCAGAUGAGAAGAAGGAAGACUUUCUCGCAGAAAUACUGCGGCGUUGCUAUGUCAUGUAUGCAGUCACAAUGGAAGAGAACUAUUUAACUGGAAUGAAGUCGUACAGUUUCAACUACAGGUGUUUGACUGCACUGCUAAUCAGACUCUAAAAACGACAUGGCUGCUUACUGCUGCAGUUGUGUAUAUACUGACAGUUACGUGCCGUUUGUCUUGGGUUUUAAGUUAUCGACAAUCAAUUUUCUUUUCCAAGUUUUAAGACUUUGACGAAACUGUAACGGUCGCGAGCACUCACUCACAUUCAUUCAUUAAGCACUGUCUUAAAGAAAAAAAACUCCUCAGCGCUGGGAUCACAGUUCAUAGAACUUAUUGUCAGAUGUAAUGUUUACUCAGUACUCUUCCAUUGAAAAGUAAGAAAUAAGAAACCCAAUUUCAACAAAUUGUAACCCUACUAUUGUUUCUGAAACAUCUCUCCUUAAGGUACGAGGUAAAAAUUACAAAAUGUUAAUGUGUGAAACCGUUCUCCAUUAGAUGGUGCUAGUUACGCUUGCCGUUUUAAGAAUAAAUAGCAGGCUCUUUCGUAGUUGAAUUUGUGUUACUGUUUUCACGAUACAUGUUUGUUUCGGUAAAGAAAUACCAUGCAGCAAUGAACACUACUCUUCUUUUGUCUAUUGUGACAUCUAUUGACGCAAAAUCCGAAGCAGUAACGCUACUAUUAGUGUGUAUCUCGGUAUCUUAAAAAUUAGUGCUGCACGUUCAAAUCUAGACACUAGCAACCGAGUUUGUAAGCUCCACAUUUUAAGUUGAGUUUUCAGAGUUUGCUAUUACCCUGUGUAAAGACUAAUGCUCUUCCCAGUGAAUCAACUGACUUGUAUGAAAUGCAUGAAGCAUGUAAUAUUGUAUUUUUUGUUUUUGAUUAGCGAUAUUAAGUCACGUACGAAAAUUGCGACCACCAUCUAACAAUUUUUUAAAACUUUUAAUACUGAUAAUUAGGUCCCAAUAAAAAUUCACUUGGUAUUCAGUAAUUCACAUUGACGCGUUUCGAUCUUAAUUCAUCUGUUAAAAGAUUACAGGGGUAAAAAGCAACAGAUUGAUAGAGAUUUUCUAAAUCAUGAUUAACAACUUUUUUUAAACGCAAGUCAAGCUUAUGAACUUACCUAAGAAUAAAGGUUGAAUUCUUCAUACACAGUACGGUCCCGUGUGAGCGAAAUGCUCCAGUUUACAGUUAAGCAUGAAGUGCAUUGCAGGGUAGAGUGUUAACAGUAAUGCCAUCCAAAUAGCGUGAGCACAUGAGUGAAGUGGCGCUACGAGUGACAAAUGGAGGUACGAUGAAACAAGUGUGCUAAUAAUGAAAACAAGAUAUAAAAGAAUAAAUACUUAAGUUUCCAAACGUUAGAGCACAAAAUGUUAUAAAUAUCACAAGUCGUCUUGAAAAAUUAUAAAAGGCAAACUGAAGAGCAUAAGAGACAGUAAAAACGAAAUACUGUAUAAAUGAGAAAUUGUAAAAUUCAAAAAAAAUUCUAGCUAUUAUGGAUAUUCUACAGAUAUAUGCCAAACGAAAACAAUAAGGGGGUCAACGGGAAUUACAAACAACGUGAGCCAAUAUAAUAGUACACAUUUAAAAAAUAUGUGCCGUAUGACCAUAGAACAGUACACCAAAAUGACAAAUUUUUAAAUUUACUUUGUUACAAUAAAUGUAAGAGAAUGGGAAAAAGACAAAAGGAAGAUUCAAACGAUAAGAAGGAAUGACAACGUGCUACGCAUAAGGAAAUCGCAGGGUGUGGAAUGAAAGAGCAAGUGAGGCAUAAAAUUAUGACAAGGUGCAUAAACUAAAUGAAUAACAAAUGUGUGUGCAGCCAUCGCAUCAUUCUGAACAGCCAAAGGCUAUGCCAUCAACAAUCUGUCGAAAAUAUCAAACUACUGGCAAGCGGAAACACUCCUCAUUAAUCACAUAGAAGGGUUAGCUUAAUAUAAAUUUCCAGCACCUCACGAAUAUAGUGUUCUCGUCCUAUACGUUCAACACGCAAUAUUUUCGUGCCCAUUUUUGUAGGAGGUCGUGUGGCCUUCAUUUUCCUGAUGACAGCAAGAGCACUACUCUUUCUGUGAUUGUUACCUAUAUCUAGUCGCAAACGGUGGGAUUGCUGGUAGUUCGGAGCUCCAACGUUAUGGGCGUAAUGGGUCCUUUUAGGUAUGUGGCUGCAAGGGAGGGGAAGGAAUCCAUUGUGCACUCUGUACACACACCAGGAGGAGCCAUUCCAGAUGUGAAACAGGUGCUUCUGGACGCCAUGAAGAGCACAGGGUGCAGGCAGCUGCAGGUGGUUGCCCACGUUGAAAGUAACGAAGUGUUGCUUUGGAUCGGAAGAGAU